AUGCAGGUCGUCAAGGACAUUGCGAUUCGCAUGCUCAACGCAUACGUAUCGCCCUAUGUCGAGAACUUGAAUACCAACGACCUCCAACUCUCCGUCCUCGCUGGUAAGGCAGAAUUCCAAGACUUGCGUCUGAAAAAGUCGGUUCUGGAACGCUUUGGCCUCCCUGUCGAGAUUGUUGCUGGCGACAUCGGCAAGUUGUCGAUCACCAUCCCAUGGCAAGCCAUCAAGAGUCAGCCGGCGCGAAUCGAGAUUGAUGACAUCUAUGUGCUUGCACGAGCGCGACCACAGGGUAAAAUCGACCCAGCAGAAGACGAGCGGAUCGAGCAGGCGACCAAGCAGGAGCGACUGCGACGAGCCGAGGCAGUCGAUAACGCCGCGUCCGAAGUCAACGAUGGCCACGGUGAUGAGCAGAAGGAGACAUACCUGGGGGCGAUCACGACCAGGAUCAUCAAUAAUGUUCAGAUCCACAUCCGCAACAUCCACAUGCGCUACGAGGAUGGUUCCAACACCCCAGAACACCCGUUCGCAGCCGGUCUCACCAUCUCCGAGUUCAAGAUGGUGUCGACCGACGAGUGCUGGCUCGAGACCUUCCUGCAGGACAACGUCAAGGACGUCCACAAACUUGUCAAGCUCAGCGCAUUGUCCGUCUACUUUGACACCGACUCGGGCAGUCUUGACAAGGGUGUGGACAACCAGAAGGCGACCAUCCAGGCCCUGAAGAAGAUGCUCUCCAAUCAAGUUGAGCACCAGUACAUCCUCAAACCAGUUACUGGCGAGGCGCGACUGGUUAUCCACCGCACGAUGACAAACGAGCAGCCCAAGUUUGAUAUCAACGUCAUCUUUGACGAGAUUGGUGUUGUCCUCGAUGCCGCACAGUACCGCGACGCGCUGUCCAUCGUUGAUGUCUUCCACUUCUACCACCGCACCCACCAGUACUCCAAGUACCGCCCGCCAGAGGAGGAGUUCAAGGCGAACCCCGCAAGAGCAAGGUGGAAGUAUGCGCUGAACGCCAUCCACGCCGAAGUCCAUGACCGCAACAGACGCUGGUCCUGGGAUUACUUUGCGGAGCGGCGCGACAAACGCAAGAAGUAUGUCGACCUCUACGUGAAGCGAUUGGCACUCCCAGAGGGACAGACGUUGCCACCAGAGGAACAGACCGAGUUGGAUGACCUCGAGAAGAACCUCUCGUACGAGGACAUCCGCUUCUUCCGUUCCGUCGCGCGUGUCAUUGCGAAGAAAGACGCGGCAACAAGGAAACAGAUCGAGGGAGAACGGAGGAAAAACCAGCCAGCAGCGCAGACAUGGAGCCAGUGGUUAUGGGGCUCCAGUGCGCCGUCUGCAUAUGACGACGACCCCACGGCCAAGAUCACCGAGGACGAGCAGAAGGAGAUCGACGACAUCAUCGACUACAAUGCAUGGUCGGCAGAGGAGAACAGUAUCAGUGGUGCACGAGACAUCAUGCGCAUGCGCGUCUCCGCGACACUCAACAGGGGCUCCUUCUCGCUACGUACGGAUCCCCACGGCUCCAACCUCGACGUGACAGCACUGGUGUUCGACUCAUUCUCUGCGGACUUCAUCCAGCUCACCGAGUCGAUGAAGGCACGGAUGGCUCUCGGCGGCUUCCGCGUGUACGACGGCACGACGCCAAACUCGCUCUACCCGCAGAUUGUCCGGGUUAAGGAGCUCGAUGGUGACCGCCGCUCGUCCAUAGCCCAACAGAACAGUGUCCAGCAGGCUGGUGGGACGGCCAAGGCCCUCGCCGAAAUCAGCGCCAAAAUCGAUCCGACGGCCGAACCGUUCUUCGCCCUCGAGUUCGAGAAUAAGCCGCUGGAUGGGCGAGCAGACAACGCGGUUUCAGUCAAGAUGCGCCAUUUGGAGAUCAUUUACCACCGCAACUAUGUCGAGGCGGUCAUGGCCUUCUUGAAACCACCGGCGAGUCAGCUGGAGUCGAUCAAUGCCCUUCUCGACGCAGCCGGGGAAACGCUUGAUGGCAUCCGGAAGGAGACCCGAGCGGGACUGGAGUACGCGCUCGAGCAGCACAAGACAUUGGACAUGCACGUCGACAUGAACGCGCCAAUCAUCGUCAUUCCCAUGGACGUCACUCAGAAGAACUCACAGGUUCUCAUUCUUGACGCCGGUCACAUUGCUGUCGACAGCAAGCUCGCUGACCAGGACAAGUUGAACGAAGUGCAGGCGAAACGCGGGCGCCAGUACAGUGACGACGACUACAAGCAGUUGGAGGAGCUCAUGUACGACCGCGUGCUCCUCAAGCUUGACUCGACCCAGCUCCUCAUGGGUGACGACAUCGACGCCUGCUUGAGUGCCUUGAAUCGUCCCCAUGGUCCCAACGAUGGCCCAGACUUGCAUAUCGUCGAGCGCAUCAACAUGUCGUUCACCGUGCAGAACGCAAUCGUCAACGCCCCAACUCUCACCAAGUUCAAGAUCUCCGGCGAGCUGCCAGAACUCCAGGUCAACUUCUCCGACCGCAAGUACCAGACUCUGAUGAAGUUCAUCGACGUCUCCAUUCCCAACUUUGGUGACGACGACGUCGACGAGGAGAAGGCCGCAGAGGCCAAGGUCAUUGCAGCGCCGUUGUCACCUGCAUUCCAGCGCCGAGAGCUGAUCGAGUACAACCUCGAAGAGAGCAGACACGAGACGGCUUCGGUGGCCUCACAUCAAGACCCUGGCAGUCAGGACGGUAGUUCGAUCGACGGAGGACAUCGUGACCAGUUCUACGAUUCGAACGACCACACGACUGAAAACCAGAAGCGUGAGUUACAGCAAGUCAGCUUCGAGUUUGUGUUCGCGGUCGGCAAGCUGCAGGCGUCGCUGUUCCGGUCGACUUCUGCGACCUCGGAGAAGCCGCUGGCAAACGCCGCGCUCGAGGGCUUCGGCCUGACAUUCCUGCAACGCAAGUACCAGAGAUCUGUCGACCUAUACCUCAAAGACGUCACUCUGGCGAUGCUCGACAACGGCAAAGUCCAGCGGCCACUGUUGUCCUCAGGCGCGGUCACGGCUGGUGACCCAAGCGACGUCAAGCUCGUACGAGUCAAGUACCUCAAGGUGGAGAAGGAUGCGCCAGACUUCAUGACCAAGCACGAGGGCAUCGACACCAGCAUCGACACCGAGUUGUCCACGUUCAAUAUCACGCUUGCGCCCGAACCCAUCCUCUCCCUUUAUGACUUUAUCAUGACGACGUUCGUCGGCCAGGAUGAUCCAGAGACACCCAUUGCGGAACAAGCCGCAGAACAGAGCCAAGAGCCGGUGUCGACGGACAAGAUGCGCAUCCGAGUCAAGCUCACAAGCGCCCAGGUCUCGUUGGAGAACAACGACCUUCGCUUUGCUCUGCUCAGCUUGCCAUCGGCAGAUGUGGGAUUGCUGUUGCGCGGCGGCACCAUGCGCGUGGCUGCUCGCCUCGGAAACCUCUCUCUCCUCGACACUACGGAAGCCAAGGUCGCCAACCCAGCCUUCAAGGAACUGCUCACGAUUGAGGGAGGUGAACUAGCCGACUUCAGCUACGAGACGUUCAACCCGGACGACGAGACCUUCCCGGGCUAUAACUCGAUGAUCCACCUCCGCUCCGGCUCGCUCAAGUUCACGUUCAUGGAGGACACGAUUCACCGCCUCAUGGUCUGGCUGUACAAGUUCGGCCGCAUGAAGGCUGUCUACGAUCAGGCGUCGCAGGCAGCCAUGCAGAGCGCGGCCGAGGUCACGCGCAUGCGUUACGACGUGGUUGUCAAGACGCCAAUCAUCGUACUCCCUAGCGAUGGUCAGAAUUGCACCGACAGCCUCAUCCUGCGUCCCGGUGAAAUAUUUGCCAAGAACAACUACCUCGGCGACAAGAUGGACACGAGCACGAUUGAGGCAAGCCUCACGGGCCUCAACGUCCUCACGCAGAUCGUUGCUGAGGGCAAGUCCUCCAACUUGCAACUGGUGGACGAUGUCACCAUCUCGGCGAAGAUCAAACAGAUCGCUCCUGGAGACCAUCGCGCGGACCCGCACAAGGCAGACACCGAGAUUACGACGGACAUGACGGACGUCAAGCUGUCGCUCACGGAGCGGCAGUACGUCCUGGUCAUGGGCGUGCUGGAGUCCAUCCCGCGGGCGCUGAGUAGCUUCGAGGACGACGAGGAGGACCUUGAUGACUCGACGCCCCUGUCCGAGUCUAUGCCUCCUACACCAAUUCCCGAGGAGCCUCCCAUACCCUCGGAAACCCACUCGGAUGACGAUAUGACGGCUUUGAUCCCCGAACUGGCCAUUACCUCCAAGUCGGCUGAUGUUUGGACGUCGCUGGACUUUGUAUUCAGCGUCAAGUCGAUCGGGAUGGAGCUGUACGGUCGGCAAGCGCUCACCGAGGAGGAUUUCAAACAGAACAGCAUCGCACGCUUUGCCCUCAUUGGUAGCAACCUGGCGUUCAAGUCACUCUCGAACGGCGCCAUGGAGGCAGAGUUCACGUUGAGAACGCUCGCUUUUGAGAGCACGCGUGUUGGCAACUGCGUCUACCGUGACAUCGUGCCGCAGAUGGCCAACGACGGCAACCAGAUUAUGGUGCAGUACACCAAGGCUCCGGACGGGUCAGCACUUGCCAUGGUCACGAUUGAUAGCCCGCGCUUCAUCCUCGCUGUCGAGCCGCUAGCUGCUCUCCUCGAGUUCGCGGUCGCUCCCUUCAAGAACACCGAGCCUCCCCCGCCAGAGGAGCCGACGCCUGAUGGCCAGACCCUGCUUGUUGAGGAGAAGCCCACGCAGGCCGGGCUGUCGUUCCGCAUCGACAUCGUCAACUCGACAGUCAUCGUUCUGGCCGACGACACGGACAAACAGACGCAGGCGAUCCAGCUGGCGAUCAAGGAGAUCCUGGUGUCGCAGAGCAACGUGCUCGCCCUCAAAGUCGACAAGUUAGGCAUGUCGUUCGGGCGUAUGGACCAGCCCGACGACCGGCUUAGCUUCCUGGACGACGUGAGCAUGACCUUGACGCUCGAUACAUCGCGCCGUGGCGCGCAUCAUAUGACUAUCUUCGACAUCGAGAUUCCAGUGCCCGUCAUCUUCCGUGCAUCGGUGAACAACAUCACGCUCAUCCUUGACAUUGUGAACAAGGCCUCAGCUGCUGCGGGCAAGGCGCUGGCUUCAGACCAAGCGGCGACCGAGGCUGAGAAACAGAAGGAUUCUGCGGCUGCCAAGGGUAACGCUGUCGCCAGUACGAGUCAGAUGUCCUUGGCUCCGCCGAGAACAUCGACUCGCAGAGCCUCCGUCAGUCACCGUCGUAGCUCCUCGGUGGGCUUGGUCAAGACGCGCGUCCUCGUCUCCAAGGAGCACCUCACUCUCCGCGUCAACGGGUUCCAGUUCGUCUUUAUCGGCGACCAGCAGCAGAUGCCGAUGGUUCACCUUUCCACCAGCGAAUUCACGUGCAUGGUCAACGACUGGUCGGGCGAGCUCAAGAUGGCGACGUCUCUGACGACUUCGAUGCGGUACUUCAAUCUUUCCAACUCGUACUUUGAGCCGCUUCUCGACCCCUGGAAGUUCGACAUUGAGAUCGCGCGCACGCCGACGAUUACUGGCGCCUCGCCACUCACCGUUAAACUCUCAGCCGACCAGCGGAUGGAGCUGAGCCUCACCUCGGCCUUCAUCGAGCUAGGCAUCACCUCCAUGACAGUGUACAGCAACCAGCAGGAGAAACAGCCAAAAGACCGCGGGCCAGUCGCGCCGUUCCGCAUCCGCAACCGCACCGGCAUGCCUAUCACCAUUUGGCCCGAGAGCGACGACAUGUCUUCCAUCCCCUGGCACAAGCGUAAGACGAUCGAGGACGGCUCCGACCUUCCCUGGUUCUUCCAGGACCGCCAGACGCUGCGUGACAACGUCUCGGCGUUCCAGCACAACUCUUUUGGCCUCGAGCUUCCCGACGGCGCUGUCAAGUGGGAUCCCGUCCGCGGUAUAUCAGUUGACCGCGAGGGCGAGCACGUCCUGAACCUCCGCCCGCGCAUCGACAAGGUCACAUACCAGCUCAUGUGUGACACUGAGCUCCAGGACAACAUCAAGGUCAUUACGAUCCGCUCGACGCUUGUUAUCGAAAACGAGACGAGCCUGCCAGUUGAGAUGAUCAUCGUCGACGCGCAUGGCAAGGCUGCCGGGAGCGUGUUGAAGAUUGACCCCGGUACCUCGUACCCCGUGCCGUUUGACGCCGUGUACGACAAGCGGUUCAGAUUGCGGCCGCUGCGUGGCUUCGGCUUUGACUACGGCUGGUCGACCCCGCUCCACUGGCGCCAGCUCAUCACGCGGCCGAUACGCGCGAUCAGUUGCAAGCACAUGACGCCGAAGGAACCAGCAUUUUACUUCCAGGCGCAGGCCAACUUCAACGCCAAGGACCCGUCCGCACGCCUGUACCCCCGCAUCUCGCUGACGCUCCGUGCUCCCGUCGAGCUCGAGAACCUGCUACCAUACGAUCUCAAGUUCCGCAUCCAUGACAAGGCGACGAGUAUGAGCUCGAGCAACUUCCUUGUCAAGGGAGGCACCAGCCCGAUCCACACUGUCGAGCUGUCGCACCUGCUCCUCCUCAGUGUGGCUCCAGAGGACACGCCGUUCAAGCAGAGUGACUACGCGAUCAUCAACACGGAUGACCCUGAGCUGCCGAUCGAGGACCACUUUAGCUUAUCGGACGCGGCCGGGCUCAAGACGAUGCUGAAGCUGCACUACUACAUCUUCCCGAACUCGGGCGGCGCGUUUAAAGUCCAAGUGUACAGCCCCUUCAUUCUGCUCAACAAGACUGGCCUGCCCUUCGACAUCAUGGUCAAGGGCCCGCUUGGUGGACAGAAACCUGUUGCGGGCCGCAACGAGUUCGCGACCGACUACAAGCGCGAAGAACCUACGCCGUUUAUGUUCAGCUUCCCUAGCGACGACAGGCGGAGCAGGCUGCUCCUGCGCGUGGCGGAUUCGAAGCUGUCGCGGCCGCUGUCGUUUGAACCCGCUUCGGCAGACAUGCAGAUCGUCCUGCCAUCCGUGAAGGGCGACAAGAACUACUACGUUGGCCUUUCGUACACCGAGGGUUUGGGCAAGUACAAGCUCUCGAAGGUGAUCACUAUCGCACCCCGCUUCUUGAUCAAGAACCUGUUCAAGCACGCGAUCCAAGUGCGGCAGAUAUCUGAGCCGCGGCAACUCACCACUGUCCAGCCGAACGAGCAGGAGGCCAUCCUCUUCUUGGGCGCGAGGGACGCGAUGCAGCUCUGCAUCGCGUUCGACACGCGAGACGGAGGCCAGUUAGACUGGUCGGCACCGUUCAACAUCAACGACAUUGGCCGCACUGACCUUCGUUUGAUUCGGCAAGGCCGGAACGGCCCAAAGACGUACCUCGCCCGCAUCGAGACCCACAUGGAGUGCUCAAGCCUGUUCCUGUUCAUGCAGCUCGAGACGGACCCGUGGCCCAUCAAGCUGCGGAAUGACACCGCGCUGCCGUUCAUGUUCAAGCAGGCGCAACAUCCCGAAGACAACACAGACGCGAGGGUGUUUGAGGAGCGCAGGCUUGCACCACACGACACGGUGGAGUACACAUGGGACUGGCCAACGUCACGCGAGAAGCGGCUACUGCUCGCUACUGGUGGUAUUGUACUGCCUAGGCCCAUCGACGUGAUGGCCAUUGGUGUGCAGCCGCCGAUAAAGAUUCCAUCUCGUGGUCAGGGGCAGCCGUCGACGACGAUCACCAUCGACAUCAGGGCCGACGGUAGCUCCCAGCUGCUGAUCAUUUCGCCAUACAACGAGGAUAGAAACGUUUACAAGGUCGCGCGUAAGGGCAGCAGAGACGUCGGCCCGAGCGCUGCGGACAGCCAGGACAGCCUGGGUAGCGGCUUCGAGGCGGAAGUCCCGAGUGACCAGGCCAACCUCCUUGUACUUGUCGAGCUCGAGGGCAUCGGCGUGUCCGUUGUGACCAAAAAGCCAGACGAGUUACUGUACCUCACGCUCCGCGGCAUCAGGUUCGACUACAAGGACUUCCCCACAUGGUACGAAGCUGCCCUCAUCUGCAAGUGGAUCCAGAUCGACAACCAGCUCUUCGGCGGCAUCUUCCCUAUCGUCCUGUAUCCGACUGUCGUGUCCAAGGACGGCAAGGACCUGGAUGCGCACCCGACGUUAAAUACCAAUGUCGCCAUUCUCAAGGACAACACGCAUGGUGUCUUGUUCGUCAAGUACGCGUCGAUCUUGCUCCAGGCCAUGACGAUCGAGUUAGACGAAGACUUUGUCAUGGCACUCAUUGACUUCACCAAGUUCAAGGACGCGACAUGGCGCGAGCCGACCAAGGACAUCCUCAUCGAAUACCCGAAGGGCAUUCCUGAACCGAACAUGACCGACCAGCGGAAUGAUCUGUUCUUCCAGUCGCUGCAGCUGCAACCAAUCUCACUCGAGGUGUCGUUCAUGCGCACAGACCGUGUUAACGUCGAUGAUAAGGUAUCGACCCGCAAUCCGUUCUACUAUGCCCUCAACGCGUUGACCAUGACGUUGGGUAAUGUGAACGCAGCGCCGAUCAACUUCCGGGCCCUGUUCCUUGACAACGUGCGCCUGAGCGGACACGACUUGCAGGAGCGCGUUAUCCUGCAUUACCAGGAGCAGGCGGUCCAGCAGAUCUACUUAGUGCUUGGCUCGGCCGACUUCCUCGGCAACCCCGUGGGCCUGUUCAACAAUAUCAGCUCUGGCUUCGCCGACUUCUUCUACGAGCCGUAUCAGGGCUUUGUCAUGCACGGCAACAGGGAUAUCGGCGUCGGCAUUGCCAGAGGUGCGACGAGUCUGGCCAUGAAGACGGUCUUCGGCAUCACCGACUCGAUGACCAAGUUCACGGCCAGUAUUGGCAAGGGCCUAUCGGCCGCGACGCUCGACCAGGAAUACCAGACGAAGCGGCGCAUGGCGCAGCGGCGCAACAAGCCGAAACACGCACUGUACGGAGUGGCUGCAGGAGCGAGCGCGUUCGCAGACUCGGUGACUAGUGCGUUCGAAGGUGUCGCCGCGAUGCCGAUGGAGGGUGCGGAGAAGGGUGGAGCGGUCGGCUUCGCCAGAGGCGUGGGCAAGGGCUUUGUGGGAUUGUUCACCAAGCCUGUUGUGGGCGUGAUGGACUUCAUCUCGGCCUCGACUGAGGGGAUCAGGAACACGACAACGGUGUUCGACACGAACACUAUCGACCGUGUACGACUCCCGCGCUUCAUUGCGAGUGACGGCGUCCUGCGCCCCUAUAGUGCGCGCGACGCUCUCGGCCAGAGCUGGCUCAAGGACCUCGACGCCGGCGCAUACUUCUCCGAGAGCUACGUCGCGCACCUCGACAUUCCCGGCGACGACGCGGUCGCGAUCCUCAGCAACCACCGCCUGUUGUAUGUCCAGCUACGCCGCAUGCGCGUGAUAUGGCAGGUGAGCUUUGACGAGCUGCAAAGCCUGUCGCUCGAGGCGAGCGGGAUUGCCCUUGUCCUGCGCGGCGGGACGCCAGGCCCAUUCCUGCCGAUCGCGGAGCAGACGGGCCGCGAGUGGUUCUUCCGCAAGAUUGCAAAGGUCGUCGAGGGGUAUAAUAAGAGCCACAGUGCGCGCGAUGAUGUAGGAUAG